AUGUUUGCGCUCCGCCGCCUCGCGCUCGCGCCUCCCCGCGCCUCGUCUCCUCCUCCUCACCUUCGCGCCUUCGCUUCUGCCCCAAAGAAGCGGCUCACAUGGCGUCAAAAAGCCAAACUGGACGAGCGUCGCCGCCAUCCGCCAGCGCCCCGUCAACCGCGGCGUCAAAACUCCCGUCGUCCAAAUUUUCUCAUCUCGCCGCCUUUGGACGACGGUAGAAACUGGCGGAUCUUAAGUGCUGGCAUCGUCGAGCGUCUGGCUAUCAUUCAGCCGGAUGUGGGCGACUGGGAGAUGGACUUUGAGGUCCUGCAGCACGAAAAGGCGCUGCGGGAGGACCAGCGACUGGAGGACGGAUUCUGGUUCAUGGAGCCCGGGGCGCGCCAUGUGACGCCCGAGGAAGUGCCGGGGCCGGACGAACAAGACGAUCCGGACGAGUUGGUGGGGGCGGGUUUCCACUUGGCGCCCCGGGAGACCGAGGACGAUGCGAUGAACAAUCGCAAGUCGCUGAAUCGAGCGCUGAAGGGGCGUGUGUUUUUGCUGGUGAAGCGCAGCGAGGGGGAGAUGGAGGACGAGAAGAGCGUCAAGUAUUCCUGGUUCUUUCCUGUGGGAGCGAAGAUGGACGGCGAGAAGAUGCGGGAUGCUGCCAAUCGACACGUUCAUGAGACGGUGGGCGACGAGAUGAGGACGGCGCCAAUGGGGUUUGGACCCAUGGGGUACGUCAAGUACCUGCACGAGGAGAAGGAGGCGGUGGAUGGCACGAAAGUGUUUUUCUACAAGUCGCAGCUUCUGGGUGGCGAGGUCGCGCUGAAUCAGGACAAGGCGGUAGACUACGUAUGGGUCACGCGAGAUGAAUUGGCCGAGUACUUGGACCCGGAGAUUGCAGACUACAUUUACAAGAUCGUGCCGCCGUAA